UGACCUUGAUUUGAUAAAGCAGUGCAGUCGUAAGUUCCUUUCAAAGUGAACACUUGGCACAGUGACACGAACAGCCGGCAUCAUGAUUAAAAUAUUCAUCGGAAUAAUUCUUUCUUUCCAUUUCCUAGCCGCAAGUGCCAAGUUUACAUGGACGAAUUGUGCCCCGCCAGACGCUAUCCUGAAAGUAAGCAAUGUGGAGAUAGGGCCGGACCCUGUUGUUAUACCAGGUGAUUUGGUGAUGACAAUGGCAGCCAACAGUACCGCCCCUCUUGGAAGUUCAACUCUUAACCUGUCAGUCAAGAGGAAAACAUUUCUUGUAGAUAUCCCAAUACCGUGCAUAAGCCACAUUGGAUCUUGCUCAUAUCCAGACUUAUGUACCCUAGUUGAUCAGAUGAUUAACGAAAAUUGGCUGGGUGUCACUUCCGGUAUUGCUACACAGCUCAAGACCAUCCUUGCCAACAGUGGUAUAGAUGCAUCCCGAUGCCCUCAACCUGCACAGACCCUCAAGAUUGACCACCAGUCUAUCCAUCUUCCGGAAAUACCAUCAGCACUUUCACACUUUGCUGCAGGGGAUUAUCAUAUUAAUAUUCAGUUAAUUGACAACGUUAGCAAACAGAUGAAUUUGUGUGUCGAUGCCUUUCUCACAAUCGAGGAAAAAGAAAAAUGUACUGGAAUUUUUUGCAUUUUUGGUUAGAAAUGUUUCGAUGUUGUUUUUUUAUUCAAAUAGAAGAAAAAAUAAAACAAUAUCACUGCGUAAGAA